AUGGUGUCAGAUCAAACACGACCAAACGGAAAAACCCAGAACGGGAUCAGCAGUACGAACAGAAACUCUCAGACCUUUAACGAUGGCAAGUCUUUGGGAAGCAAAAAUUCGCCUGGAGCGCGGAGUGCUGCUAGAAAGCAGAAAAGUAGGCGGGAAGGUGAGCGUGAACAACGGAGUAGCGACGCGACGAGCCAAGCCAGCGAACGAACAGCUUCUCGUGAUCGCGCGAACGAUCGAAGGACACACAGCGCAUUGGAAGAUGACGCAAACCGGACAACUUCCUCAAAAUCUCGAGUCGUGGACUCCAAAUCUGAAAAGUCUACGAAAAGAAAGACCUUGCCUCGAGAAGAGAUCGACUAUCCCCUCACACCUCUACUUCCAAUUCUCAGUCCUACACUACCACCAGUAUUCGAUCUAGAGCCGCCAGAGCUAUCGCUGACAGACGCAGACUCUGUGCCAGAUUGGAUGAUUAGUCCCACCUUGCCGCCUGUCUUUGACGCUUCAGUACCCGAGUCGCCGAUACCUCCAUUGGAGAGUCAAGAUGGAGUAGGAAGACCGCUCAGGAGUGUUGAUGUUGGCUCUCUUUUGGAAAAGCACCGGCCGAGUCUCGAACCUCGGAAACGGAAAAUUGUCGUUCUACGGCUGCCGUUGCAUAGAGGAGAGGUUUCAAAGAUGGUGAAGAAAGAGACACAUGGUGAGGUAGCACACCCAAUAGAGGCGAAACCCGCACACAAUGACGGGCCAAGCACGGCCGACAAGCGGAUCAAAGAACUCGAAGAGCAAAGACGGAAGAUAGAAGAGCGAUAUCGGAAAGAGGCAGAGACCGAGCGAGAACUCAACAGGAAGCUAGAACAAAAGAUGAAGAAGAUGGAAGAAAACGCCAAAGAGCUCAAGAGACAGUUACAGAAGCGGGAGCGCGAUCUGGUGCGAGAAGCUGAGCUUUUGACAUCAAAAAAGGUGGAAGAAGAGCGCGCUAGGCAGAACUCGGUCUCUCCUACAAAAGCCGAGAAGGUUGUUAUGACGCCGCCUCCGACAGCACUUUCAUCUGCUACUAUUGGGGAAGUAGCGUCGACUCCGGGAACUCCAAAUACAAAGAAGAGCACGCUGGCUGAGUACAAUAACAAGAGAAAAACCACAGGCGAUGAAGCUCCGGCAGAUAUCAAGCCCUCCGCGAAGCCAAAGGGUACACCGGAUCCAGCUUCGUCCAAAACUAGUACUCCUACAACCGGGAAACCACAGCAAGCGAGCAACGACGCAAACAAAAGCUCUGCUGCUCCGUCGGCAAAUCGGAAAAUGGUGCAGCUGCUUGAAGCAAAAGUUCAGCACUGGCUCACUCUGGCUACUGAUCGAAAGCACGCAUCCGACCGGCAAAAGGAGGGCGGUGAUUUGAAGCUGGCAAGCGUAUAUGCCAUGGAUGCUUUACUGGCAUAUUUGGUCGCCUUUGAUUACGACGAUAAAUGUGCUAGUAUAAAAGGCAGAGUACCCUCAGACAAGAACUGGGCGACCCUUGUGCCGUAUGCACGUCAUGUAAUCAAGCUACAUGACCAGUCAAAUUCCUCAGCCCUAGCCGGCGCGACUUAUCUAAUUCGCGCCAUUGUGUAUCUACGAGUCGCAGGAUUCCACCAAAAAUCAGCGCGGGCGUUGCAGCACGCUGCGCAAGCUUCUUCUUCUUCUUCCGCAACUACAGACGGAAGCAGCAUGGACCAGCGUGAUUCCCAGUCACCGGAGACUUCGACCUCUGUUAGCGGUAGUUAUUCUCAGACAGAACUCAUAGAUCUCUUGCUGAAGUUUUCCAAGAACGUUGAUUUGGCUGCAUACGAGUUCCAGCGAGGGUCAAGGUUAAUCCCCGUUGACGUUCUGAUGAGUCAGUUUCCUGAAACAUGGCGGAAGCGAGUGACCUCGGUCAGUGGGAUGAACGCGAUCGCGAGCAGUAACAGCGGUUCCAGCGGCUCAUCUGCCAGCGCAGGAACAUUCGUGCACCUGGGUGGCAGUGUACCUGGUCCUGGCUUGAGACCGCUUGACGAUAACUACAUGCUUCCGAUACAAAUGACCUCUUCGGUCCGAGAAGCCGCAGCUUUUGGAUCCUCGCUGCUGCGGGAGUGGUCUGAUCGGAUGAAUCUGAAGUUUGAGAGUAUACUGACUAAUGGCGCGACAGAAUCGUGA